AUGGGUAUCAGUCGUGAUUCUAGGCACAAGAGAAGUGCCACUGGUGCCAAGCGUGCCCAGUACCGAAAGAAGAGAAAGUUCGAAUUGGGCCGUCAAGCCGCUAACACCAAGCUUGGACCUAAGCGUGUCCACGAAGUCCGUGUUCGUGGUGGUAACAAGAAGUACCGUGCCCUUCGUCUCGAUGCCGGUAACUUCUCCUGGGGUUCUGAGAACUGCACCCGCAAGACUCGUGUUUUGACUGUCGUUUACAACGCCUCCAACAACGAGUUGGUCCGUACCAACACUCUCGUUAAGGGUGCCGUCAUUCAAGUUGAUGCCACUCCUUUCCGUCAAUGGUAUGAGUCUCACUAUGCUAAGACUCUCGGCAAGAAGAAGACUGAAACCGAGGAGGUUGAAAAGAAGUCCAACCACGUCCAGCGUAAGGUCGCUGCUCGUCAGACUGAUGCCAAGGUUGACUCUCUUUUGGAGGACCAAUUCGCUGCUGGUCGUCUUUAUGCCAAGAUCUCUUCCCGCCCCGGUCAAUCUGGUCGUUGCGAUGGUUACCUCUUGGAAGGACAAGAGCUCGAGUUCUACGUCCGCAAGCUCAAGGCUCGCAAGUAAACA